CAUGACGUCAUCAACCCGUGUGUCAUCUUGAACCAUAUUAUAACCGCGGCACAUAACACAGAAAUUCUGGUUAUUCGCUUGGAUUUGAUUACUGUCAUAUAUGCUAUCAGUUUUUUAGAGAUCAACCUCUGUGUCUGAAGUCUGAACUCUGAACUAUCCAACGAAGAACAGGAAAAAAAUCCGCAUGCCUGAAAAAACAGCUUUUCUUUCAUAUUCAUGUGAAUCACCACAUGGCACACUCAUAGGAAACUCAGUAAAUUUUUAUGGAAUGGAUACGAAUCUAUAGUGCCAGCACUGGAUCUGUGCAUUAAGAAUAAAGAUCUAUGGAUGAAUAACAAGGAUAGGAUCCCAAAUCUAAGGCCAUGGGAAAGUCUGAGGUGCAAUUGAUGCCUGUACAUCGUCCCGCCACCAACCUAAUCUACGCAAUGUCUUCGUGCAACAGCAUCUGUGGAUUGAGUACUUUGAUGGAAAGCAACAUGGAGGAAUCGGGGGACAACAAAAAUAUUACUUUAUCGACGGAAAUUCCGAGGAAAAUAGAGAUAUUUUCACAUCAAGUCGCCGGACAUGUCGACGAUGGAAAUGGAAAUUACGUUGGUAUGUUCAAACAAGACGGCGUCAUUUUAAAACUUAUUGUAAAAAAAGAAAUUGGCGAAAAAGAGACUCAGUUUUACAAAAUGCUGGAAGAUACAGUUGACAAAACUUUAAUCGAGUUGAGGGGACUUGUACCAAAAUUUUAUGGUAUCAGAGAACUGAUCAUUGACAAUAAAAAAUUUGAGUGCUUAGCCUUGGAAGAUCUAACACAGUACUACAAAGAACCAUGCAUAAUGGAUAUAAAGAUUGGGAGAAGGACGUGGGAUCCUAAAGCCACAUAUGAGAAAAUCAUGUCUGAAGAGAAAAAAUAUCAUGACUGCAAACGAGAUCUAGCAUUUUGUAUACCAGGAUUCCAAGUAUACUCAAUAGCAGAUAAUAAAGUAUAUAAGUAUGGCAAAGAUUUUGGGAAAAGUCUGGACAAAGAACAUGCUAUUGAUGCAAUAAAAUCGUUUCUUAAUGCCGAAAACGGAUAUUUUUGCAGAAGCUUGAUUGUCCAGAUGUUGGCAUCCUUAUGGCAUAUCCAACAUUGGGCGCGGAAUCAAAGACGAUUACGAAUAUACUCAUCCUCUCUACUACUAGUAUAUGAUGCAAAAAGACUAAGGGAACAACUUUCUGAUGAGACAAACGUAGGUACCUCACGAAAAUUAAAGAAGAAAUGCAGCUUGUACCGACCAUUAAGUAUAGCAGUUUUGAACAAUAGUCCUGACAAGAUCUCCACAGGGUUUAGUGGACAACUGACUAAAGAUGGUCCAAUCUUGAAGCCUCAGGUGUCUUCAAAGAAGCUUAUAAAUGUUGAAGGACCAGCUAGUAGGAGUAACUCUUGGCAAAAAUCUAUACACACACUAAGGAGGACCCACUCUUUUCAAAAUAAUUAUGAUAAAGAUGUACAGAACAAAAAGAAAAGUUACUCAUUUAUUCUAGAUGAAUUGUGUUCAGAGAAAAAAAGUGAAUGUUGGGCAACUGUCAAAAUGAUUGAUUUUGCACAUGUGUAUCCAGCAGAAAAUUGUGAUAUUGAUAAAAACUACCUUGAAGGUAUAGAGAAUUUAAUUAAGUUAUUUGAAGAUUUUUUAGUUGAGAGUGAGUAAUGUAUGAUUUGAAUUCGUACUAAUAUCAAUAUUUUUGACAUACAUGUUACUAAGGCCCGUAUCGUCAGUCGUCCCUACAAUUGUAGGGCGCGUUUAUGGCCUCCUUGAUUAUCAUACUGCUUUCUCUCCUUCAAAAAUUUCUAGAUUACACUUGUCCCGUGUCAGCAUCAGUGCUCUCCUAUUGUGAGGAUAUGUUUUCUUUUUAAAUUGUAGGAAAUUUCAUGCUGAUAAAACAUGAUAUAACUCAAAAGCAAGCACAAUUUGAUGCAAAUAGAUGUUUGUGACAUAACCUCAAAAUAGAGCGCUGACAUGGAGAAGUAGAAAACUAUGACAAUCAAGGAGGCCAUAAAGGCGCCCUACAAUUGUAGGGACGACUGAUGAUAAGGGCCUAAAUCUUGUUUUCAGUUUAUAAUUAAUUUAUUAUGCCUGAAUGCUUUUGGAACAUGAUUUUGUAUAUAAAUAAAAAAUGGGAAUAA